CUCUCUCUUACUUUCUCUUUCUCUCACUCCACUAUAUAGCUCUACAAGUUUCUUCAAUUCUCGUUCUCUUUUUCCAUCGCUUUCUCUCUCUAGGGUUUCAGAUUCUCCUCUCGGUUUUUCUAGGGAGAGAAAAAAACUACGCAACGCUGCCGAUUCCUACUAACAUCCACUUCAGAUUCGGAUCCUCCACGUGUUCCAACCCGGACCCGAUCCUUACUGUCCGGUUCCCCCGAUCCGAUCCGGUUCUUUUAUCCGAAGUUUCCAACGAGUGAUCCGUUUUUGUUUGUAAAGUUCCGUUUAAAUUUGAUCGAAAAAAUGCAGCUUGUUUUAUUCCCACUCUGUUGCAUGAUUUAUCAGCUCAAGAAAUGAGUCGAUUACUUUGAAAAGUAAAUGCAGCAUUGUCCCGUAUGCCUGAAGAUCUGGCGUUACAAGGCCAUAAUUGAACCAUUUUAGAUGGUAUGCAACAGUUGUUUAAGGAGUGUAAUUGUUCAAACUGGGCAUAUAGGAACAUUAUUAACACCGAAAAGGGUGCAUUUAAGGAGUGUCGGAAGGACUUCACAUGUUGAUGCUGGAUUAACUUUUUGGUGGAAUCGUGAAUUUCGAACGACUGCAAAGAUGAUGGUUGAUAGAGGUGCAACAGCAAACCAGGGUCCCGUUGUUGAUAUGUUUCCAGAGAAAGAUGAUGAUGGUGGAUAUGUUAGCGGAGGGUGGAAAAGUGAAGAUGGAAAAUUAAGCUGUGGAUAUUCAAGUUUCAGGGGGAAAAGAGCAACCAUGGAAGAUUUCUAUGAUAUUAAAACUUCCAAGAUUAACGGGCAGACAGUCUGCAUGUUUGGAAUCUUUGAUGGGCAUGGUGGUUCUCGCGCUGCUGAAUAUCUGAAGCAACACCUUUUUGAGAAUCUAAUGAAGCAUCCACAGUUCAUGACUGACACCAAAUUGGCUAUAAGUGAAACAUAUCAACAGACUGAUGUAGACUUCUUGGAUUCUGAAAGAGAUACUUUUAGAGAUGAUGGUUCCACAGCUUCAACAGCAGUGUUGGUUGGAAACCAUCUAUAUGUUGCCAAUGUUGGAGACUCACGGACUAUAAUAUCCAAGGCUGGAAAAGCAAUCCCUCUCUCUGAAGAUCAUAAACCAAAUAGAAGUGAUGAGCGGCAGAGAAUUGAAAAUGCUGGAGGGGUUGUAAUGUGGGCAGGAACUUGGAGGGUAGGAGGCGUGUUAGCUAUGUCUCGUGCUUUUGGUAAUCGCAUGUUAAAGCAAUUUGUUGUUGCAGAACCAGAGAUACAGGAUAAAGAGAUAGAUGAAGAAUUUGAGUUGCUUGUGCUUGCUAGUGAUGGAUUAUGGGAUGUAGUGCCUAAUGAGGAUGCUGUUUUGCUUGCCCGAGCAGAAGAAGAACCAGAAACAGCUGCUCGGAAGUUGACAGAAACUGCAUUUACCCGUGGAAGUGCCGACAAUAUAACAUGCAUUGUAGCGAGAUUCCACCAUGACAAGGCAGAUCCGGCUAAUCCACAGGCCUCAGCAUGAUUAGAUUUCCUUAUUUUAUUGCAGGUGCAGAUUUAUUGACAAUUUAGUUGGUUUAAUUUUGAAAUCUGCAUGUGCCUUAUGGCCACUGUGCAUAUAUCAAGGAGACAAUUUGUUUAUUCAUUGCUUUCCGUUUCCUAAUCUGCUCUUGUAUGGAAUACAUGGACCCAACGUCCUGUUUAUUCCCGAACUAGUCCUAUAUCUACCCAUCUGUGUGUUGCAUCCCCAUGUUCAGUUAAAAUCUAAUAAAGCCUUAGUAUUUACUCAA